GGUACCCGUGCCAGCUGGUGCCGGUGCUGGUGCCGGUGCUGGUGCUGGGUGGAACCCGACAUUCUUGGGAGGGAUCAGAAUUCCAAAUAGCGAGGGGGGGGAAAUAAAAAAAGAACACAGCAACAUCCACACCUAAAAUCCAUACCCAAGAUACGCCCUCAGAAUCCCGUAGCCGAAAUACACCUCUCUCUCCCUCUCCACACCUGAGAUACACCGUCACACCUGCGCCGCAUACGCGCCGCCAAGUGCAUGCCGCCGCCGCCUAGCCUUCGACAGCAUCCCACCCGCUGCCCGGAUACCUGAGGUCUGUCGAGCGACGGACGGGACAGGCGGCCUAGGCGAGAAGGGGAACAGCCACGGUCGGGCGGUGGGCCGGACGGUGAGCCACAGCAGAGAGAGCCCACCAGGACGGCAGAGAGCCCGUCAGCGAUUGGCUUCUCGCGGCAUCUGCGCCACCUCGGCGACAUGACCGCCAGCGCUGGCAAGCGACGCUUCGUGCCCGGUUCGUCUCCGGGGGCGGACGACGCCACGGGAGCAGACGCCGUCGUCGUCGCCGCCGAUGGCGCACGAAAGCGUCGGAACAGACAUGCGAACGUCUACGACGCCGUAGCAGGCCGAGUCACCAGCUCGUAUGGCUUGGACGAUGGAUCCGAGCCGGAGGUGCUGGCAGCAGAGGCGGCGUAUCGCCGCCGCCGCUACCGCCCAGCGCAACAGCAGUACCAGCACCGGAACCCGACCCUCGCGCCGGAGGAGGUCCUCUUCCGCCGCGCCGCCGCGCCCGUCCGCUACGCCGAGAAGGACAUCUACCGGGCCCACGAGGCGCUGGGGCCGGCCCUGCCCGACAGCGACAUGCUCAAGGCGAUACACAGCUACGCGAGCCACUUCUACGCCGCGCGGUCCGCCGGCAGCACCGUCCGCGGCGUGCACAUCGACGAGUGCAGCAUGGACGAGACGGCCCUGCUCGCCUUCGGCGUCCUGCUCGAGGAGGCGGGGCGUGAGGUGCUAGGCAGCAAGGGAGACCUAGUGUUCACGGAGGGCGUGAGUAACGGACCGCGGCCGCGGCGGUGACCGGGAUGACGACGCUGCCGACGAAAUCGUGGACUUCCGGGCAGGCAUAGGCCUGAGGAGGACUGGAGGCAGAAGACAGCACGUAGCCUCCAGUGAUGAGGGAUACGAUGAGUAAAAUCUUCGGCCCGAGGAAGUAGGAUAGGGUAGGAGGGAAACGGGGCUUGGGGG